AUGAAAUUGUUACACAUUACACAUUUUAUAUACUCAAUAAAUUUUGCACUGUGUAUUACUCCACUUUCGCUUCUACCCAGUAGUUCAGUUCUAUAUCCCUUCGAUUUCCAGAACACUUGGCAAGCCUCAAAACCAGUUCCAAUCGUAAUAAAUUACUCUGUAUCCAAGUUCGGACCCAAUGACGAAUUAGUUGAACGUAACGAGAUCAUUAAUCAAUAA